AUGAUCCGGUUUAUUCAGGCCAAUCUGCAGAGAUAUCACGCUGCGGACGCAUUCCUUGAAGAGCUGGCCUUAAUGGAGUCACAGAUUGUCGACUUGACAACAGAUUCGUCGUCAGGAUCACAAAACGCAACGAUAUUAAGACAGCUACUCACGCAGCCACAGCAUAUGAAAACUGAACAAGAUCGUCAGCAGCAGCAACAGCAGCAGCAGCAACAACAGCAACAGCAACAACAACCACAGCAACAACAACCACAGCAACAGCAACAACAACCACAGCAACAGCAACAACAACCACAGCAACAGCAACAGUCUACAUCUGGCAAUGAUUCAACCUUGCUAGGGCUUGCACAACUCAGCAGGGGUAGCACUAAAGAACCAUCAGACAGUCUGUCACUAGACUCCUCGUCAGCAGUAAAGUCCGGCGUAAAGAAGUUCCUGUACCAGUCCAUGAAAGAACAUUGA